UUAGAUUAGCCAUGUCGCUCGCAGCUCCGCCGGCGCCGCCGCUGCCGCCUCCUCGGCUCCGCGCCUUCAGGCCCUCCGCCGCCGGCCAGUCCCGCGCUCUCUCUGGACGCGGGAGGAGUCUAGGCUCCCUCGGCCGCGCAUACUACCUCUUCUCCGGCGGCGGAGGCUGGAAGCAGGAGAGUGCCUUGGGACUCAGCAUGGAAGGUUUUGAGCUAUGUGGAAUGGAAACCGAAACAAGGCAGCAAAGAGCUCGGCGUGGUGGUCCUUGUCCUGCAGCCCGUGGGGGCGGAGGAAGGUCUGGAGGAGGAGGAGGCGGCGGUGGCGGCGGUUGGUUCAGGUGGUUUAGCAGCGGAGGUUUCUGGGAUGCGGCGAAGCAAACUGUUCUCACGAUCCUCGGCAUUAUCGCGGCGUUCUUCCUGAUUGCGAACUUCAACGUGCUGGUGGCAGCUGCUGUCAAUCCGCUGCUGCUUGUGCUGCGGCAGAUACGGCGUGCAAUCACCUUUGCGGCUUAUUGCGUUUCUCGGGGCAUGGCGGCGCCCGGUUCUAGGCCAAAAUCAACUCCUAUAGCCAGCAGCGAAUUGGCUGCAAUGCCUGUCAAAGGAAGUGCCGAGUUGUCUGCGAAAGAAAGAGUUAUUAGGAAAUGGGGUUCAGACUGAAGUACAAUGCAGUUCACUACCUUACGUGUUAUAGUGUUUUUUUAGGCUGGUCAGAUCGUUUUGGGUCCAUGACCAAGUACUAUUUCUCUGGAUGAUACCUUCAUAAUUCCACAUUUACUGGUAGAUAGUGCUUGAAUUUGAGAAUUUACUUGUAGCUAGUGGUUGAAUUUGAAAACUUAUGUAGCUAGUGGUUGAAUUUGGGAUCUGAACUUGACUGAGGAUUCAUGUUAUAUAGGCAGGUUUCAGAGGCACAAACGCCUGCUUGGUCUGAAUUUUCAGCUUUCAGUC